AUGCUGGUAAAUUGCAAUGCUGAUUCGCCCUUGUAUGAUGUUAAUCUGGAGGUGAAAGCCAGCUAUCGUCCUCAGCAUGUUCCUUAUAUUUCUCUCAUGAGCAAAUUGAAUGGUCAACCCAUUACAGGCCACCCUCUUACAAUUGAGGUUUUGGAAGAUGGCUAUUGUGAUCUUAUGUUGAGUGUUUCUGAAUGCUAUAGUAGCAUCUCUGAGUUAGAUGACGGUGUGGGUGAAAAUACAUUGGCUUUGCAAGGUGUUGAUAUGGCUAAUGUAAGGAGGCCAAAUUCAGAUGGAAGAAUUCCUACUAAGCAUAUUGCAUUGCAGUCACACGUUUCACCGAGAAAAUCACCCAAGUCAAGGAAAAAUGGGUUCUUGUCUAAAAAGAUCCGGAAAUUGUCUUCAUUAACUGGUUCUCACAAGCUAUGUGUAGGAGAGAAGAAGCCAGUGGUAGAGAAGCUCAAGGGUCCUGCUGUAGCUUGUGUCCCCAUUAAAGUAGUUUUUAGCAGGAUAAAUGCCACACUGAGCAGCACGAUGCGGCCUGCCCACCGUGUGAUGACUCCAAGCAAGAACUUCCUUCGUCUCCUCUCACCCUCCCCAAAUCUCCCACCAAAGGCUGUCGAACAAACCCCUAGAAGAGCACUCUCUCUCGAGCGUGGUGAAGAAAUGACUACAGUGGCAGGGCAGCUGAUAUGGGAGAUUGUGAAGAAGAACAACUCUUUCCUGGUGAAGGAGUUCGGUAAUGGGACUGCCAAAGUGCAGUUCAGCAAAGAGCCCAACAACCUCUACAACCUCAACUCCUACAAGCACUCUGGAUUGGCAAACAAGAAAACCGUAACAAUUCUACCCGGAGGCAAAGAUCAAUCAGUGUUGCUUGCAACCACGAAGACCAAGAAGCAGAACAAGCCUGCUACUUUACUUAACAAGUCUGUCAUGAAGAAGGAGUUCAGCCGAAUGGCCAAGGCAGUUUCAAAUCAGGUGGCAGAUAACUAUUACAGACCAGAUCUGAAGAAGGCAGCCCUUGCAAGGUUGAGUGCUGUGCACAGGAGCCUUAAGGUUGCCAAGUCUGGUGCCAAGAAGAGGAACAGGCAGGCUGUUAAGAUCCGUGGUAGGAAGUGAAGUUGGGGAUGAGUCAUCUGUUUUUUCUUCCAUCGUUGUCUUUCCUAAAUGCUUCCUUUGCUUACCAAAGCCACCUUCACUUCCAACCCCCUUCCCCCUUCCCUUAAUCCCGUCGAAGCUAUUUUUAGCUUGAAUGGUAGUUGUAUGAAGUUUUUUGGACCGAAGAGCCAUAGCAUGCGUGGGUUUCCGUCUUAUGAUGGGUCUUGAAUUUAGUUGCAUGGAGGAGGAUAUUUUACUUGCUCAAUUUCUUUUUGAUUGUUUAAAGAUGCUUAAUUUUGGAUCUUAUGAUACUUUUCUGUGGGUAUUUUGAUUUCGGCAAAUGAGUUGUGAAUGGAAUUUUCUGAUACCAAACGAGUUGCUCUUUUGGUUUCCCUGGAAUUUUUCAUUAAGGUCAGUAUUGCAAAAUGCUUUUUC